GUGUGUUCUUCUUUUUCCCCAGGUUCCCGCUGCCAUCCAGGAGGCUAGCUCUCAGAGGGAAAUGAUUCCGCAUGAAGUUGACGGACGGCUCUCUUCCUCUCUCCACGGAAACGGCAGGUGUGACUCUCGCUGCUCCCACGGCAACAGCAGGUGUGCCCCUCUCUGCUUCUCGCUGAGCCAGAGCCAGGCGCCCGACAGACGCUGAGCUACAGGACAGGACAGACCCCCUCCGUCCCUCUCUACUCCCUCCACUAACUUACCCCCUACUCCCUCUAACUUACCCCCUCCAACCUUCCAGUCCUCUGACCCCAGCCACCCACACAACCAGCAGGAGGGCCUAUUCUGUCAACGAGGAAAAGCCAAGAGACAGAGAGAGAGUGAGGGAGACAGCCAAAGACAGGAGUGAAAUAGAGAGUGAACGAGGGAAAGACCGAGAUAGGAACAGAAAGAGAAUUCUAAAGUGACAGUGUGAGAGAGACAAUCCAAGGCUAGUGUAUGUCACAGGAAGUUGAGAGAGAAAAGAUAACAGUAUGAAGUCCAACCAGGAGCGCAGCAACGAGUGUCUGCCCCCCAAGAAGAGAGAUUUCCCAGCCAGCACUGUGGACGAGAGGCCCCUGGUGAUGGCGCCUGCCAGUGAGAGCCAGCGCGGAGAGAACCUGGCAUGGCUGGCCAGCGUAGCCAGCGGGCACAACAGCGGGCACGAUAGAGACAGUGGCGGAGGUGGCCUCGAUGGCAGUAGAGGUGGGCAGCGUAUCAGCACUCCCAUUGAGUCUGACGGGCCACAGUACAAACCGCUAUGCUCCACCAUCACCACGCACACAGACUUCCUGGUCCCUUCCUCUAUCUGUUCCAUCUCCUCCUCCUCCUCUUCAUCACAUCAGUCCAGAGUGGUGACCACAUCCCUCCCUGCCAUGUACACCUCUGCUUUGUCCCAACCAGGGGGGACGAUCCAGUACACCCAGCUGCCCCCCAACCUCCAGUUCAUCAGUUCCCCUUACACAGGCCCCUACGCUGGCUACAUCUCCUCCCAGCUCCUCUCUCCCCCUCCACCCACCUCCACAUCCCAACGCUCCCACCCUGACCCUGACCCCUACCCCAACACCACCAUCACCUCCCAGUCCCAGAUCUCUGGUUCCUCUCUGAGCGUGGCCCCCCAGACUGCUCCCUCGCCCCACGGUGGGACACACCACCUGCCCCUCCACCUGCACUCCCAUCCCCACCACACCCUGGCCCUCAGCGGGGGCUCCCAGGUGCUGGUCCAGUACACAGGCCCCGGCCCUGAGGGGCCCCUGACUAAGAGAGAGGAGGGCCGGCCCAGGGAGUUGCACAAUGGAGAUCAGAGGGGCCGCUAUGAGAGAAAGGAAAGCAAAGGAACCCCCUCCUCUUCUUCCUCCUCUUCCUCUCAGUACCACCAACUCCACCAGCAGCAGAGCGCACAGCAUCACUAUGAGGCCUACACCUCCCAUGAUGCAUCAGGGCUAAGGACCUCUCUAAUGCUAGUGCCCAACAGCCGCGGAGGACCAGACAACCACAGCCCCGACAAACUACCGCCAUCCGCCGCCUCGCACACAGAGAAAGGCAGCCUCCUCCUGGGUAAACCUGUGUCCUGCACCCCCUCCUCCUCCUCCUCCACCUCCUCCAUGUUCACCUUCCCCCCUCCGCUCAGUGUGGAGAGUCUGAAGGCGGCCGUCAGCUCCCUGUCCCCUCACACCCACACAGUCAUCCAGACCACACACAGCGCCAGCGAUGCUUCGCCCCUCUCCCUGGGCCAACUCUCCACCAACACCAACUUCUACCAGGCUGGCCCCGGCGGGCAGCCCAUCAUCGGCUACCUGGCUGGGAGUGCAGGAGGGCAGCGGUACCACACCAGUCUGCCCCAGCACCUGCUCAUCCCAGGGGCCCCAGGGUCUCAACCUAUCAUCAUCCCCGUCAGUGGGGCCGGGGUCACCAGCCUGGAGGCUGGCCAUGCUGCCCACAUAGCCACUACAACCCAACCACAGUCCUUCCCCACCACGCUACCCCACACUUACGUCACCAACACUACCAACCCUAACCCCCACCCUAAAGAUGAGCAUCUAUUCGAGGUCCCGGCACCCUAUCCCCCUCUCUCCCACCCUGCCGGGGUUGGAGGUACUGUGGUCCAGGCCCAGCUACACCUCCCCGUGGUCCCAGCUCCCACGGCCCCCUCCUCAGCCCCCUCCUCGGCCCCGUCGCUGCCUUCCUACUUCAUCAAGGGCUCUAUCAUCCAGCUGGCGGACGGGGAGCUGAAGCGCGUGGAGGACCUGAAGAGUGAGGACUUCAUCCAGAGCGCUGAGAUCAGCAGCGAGCUGAAGAUAGACUCGUCCACCGUGGAACGCAUCGACGGCAGCCACACGUCCAACUUCGCCAUCGUACAGUUCUCCGUGGGCGAGCAUCGCGCUCAGGUGAGUGUGGAGGUGCUGCUGGAGUAUCCCUUCUUCGUAUUCGGCCAGGGCUGGUCAUCGUGCUGCCCGGACCGGACCACUCAGCUGUUAGAACUACCCUGCACCAAGCUCUCAGUGGGGGACGUCUGCAUCUCCCUCACCCUGAAGAACUUGAGGAACGGCUCCCUGAAGAAGACGCAGCAGACCCAGAACCAGGCUAUUGAGAUCACUACCAGCUGCAAUAUGGGCUCCAUCCACGGCCCCCUCAAAUCCUCCAGGUCAGCCAGACACGGGGAGCAAGAGAACGGGGUGGGCCAGAGGGGCUCCAGGAGUGGAUGUGGGAGAGUGGUGGUUGGAGCAGGUGGAGGUGUUCAGAUCGCCUCAGAGAAUGGGGAACUGAGGUUCGGCGCCGGGGGAGAGGCCAACUCGAAAGGAGGCCAGCCUAGAGAUUCAGAAUCCAGUGGUGGUGCCGCCAAGCCGGUGAGCCGCAAGAGGAGAUGGUCGGCCCCCGAGGGCCGUAAGGUGGAGAGGAGCGAGAAGGAGCCCCCGUUGACUCUGCCCAAACCUUCCUUUAUCACUCAGGAGGUAAAGAUCAGCAUCGAAGGCAGGUCAAAUAUAGGCAAGUAGUGAAGGCAGGAGAUUAAAACAAGACUGUUAAUUCAAAUAUGGGAUUGGAUGGAGAUUCAAAAAAGAAAAAGAAAGAAAGAAAGCCCACAUAAAAUCUUUAUUUUAGAUUUUUUCCUUGUUUUUAUUUUCUACCCGGAUUUCUGUACUGUAGGCAAAAUUUUACCCAGUACUUACAUGUUAUCACCUUACAUUAAGUUAAGUUGGUAAUAACAUUGUAAUAGAUGCGUUCGGUAUUUCGUAAACAAGCAACCGGUGCAAUUGUUUUUUUGUUUUUUUCACAAAUCUCUGGGCGAGGGGUUUUGUGAAGUUUUGUAGAUGUUUUAUUGGUGGUUUUGUGGCACACAAGAGCACUGCGUGAUACCUCUCUGGUCAUGUGAUGGCUGCAGGUGGACAAAUACAUAAAAUGAAUAAAACAUGUAGCUUAAAACAUUAGCUUUCCAAUAGCGGCUAGGGGCAUGACUAAACGGGUGUAAUGUAGACCCGUGAGUGAUGUCACUUCCUUUGUGAUGUCACUUCCUGAUACAGGCACUACUGACGAGAGUGUUCAGGAAGUCUGGACUUAAUCACUCUCGACGCCACCCAGUUGCCAUGGUGGCAGACUGAGUUGAUAUGAUGUCAUUUAUCCCAAGUGACUCAAGACGUCUUUAGAUAAGACAGUUCAAAAAGCGUCUGUAGCCAUUUUAAACCCUCAUGACUACACAUCUAAUCCUAAACAAGGGGUCACCGGAAGCCUCAACACUCAUCCAUCUAGACCACUUAGCUAGGUGAUGUCAUCCGGCAGGCCAGUCCAGCCAGGUGAGGUCAUCGAGCGGCGCCAGUCCAGCCAGGUGAGGUCAUCGAGCGGCGCCAGUGUGCCUCUAGAAAGAGGAAACUCUUCCUUCCUUUGUUAUGUUUUGCUGACACUGAUGUCUUUAUGUUAUUAUUUUUGUUUUUGAAACAUUUUUAUUUUAACUUUUUAAUUUAGUUUUUCUUGUCAAUUUUGACCUUUCAUCCUAUCUUGCCCAGUGAGUUGAUAAUGAUAUAUUUGAUGAUUGUCUAGAACUUUGAGAUCAGGGGUCACAUGUAUGUACGUAUAGUUUCAACCAAGGUGGUUAAGUUAAAUGUCUAUGUUAUUCCUUUAUACCCUAACAAUGCAUAGAUUUGCAAUCACAAAGGUUGAAAUGAACUAUGAAAAUAGGAAGAUGAUUAUACUCCAUCCUUUUACUUGGUGCAACCUUUUUAUUUGUAUUCUUAUGGAGAGAGAGGCAGAAAGAAAGAGGUUUUGUUACAAAUGGCACCCUAUUUCAAUAUAGUGCACUACUUUUGACC